AUAUUAAAAGUGUCGAUAUAUAUAUAUAUAUAUAUAAGAGGUCCGAUCAUGAUCAUCUGACUGAGUCUUAGUCAAAAGCUGGGAAGUAAAGUAGCUUUUGUUCCUGGGAAAUCAAAAAUAAUGGAGGAUAACCUGGGAGGAAGUUCCUCAUCAUCAAUCAAUGUUGUUGACAGAAGUAGUAAUGGUGGGAUUGUGAAAGAACAAGACAGGUUGUUGCCAAUAGCUAAUGUUGGUCGGAUUAUGAAGCAAAUUUUGCCGCAGAACGCCAAGAUCUCCAAGGAAGCGAAGGAGACGAUGCAGGAAUGUGCGUCGGAGUUCAUAAGCUUCGUCACCGGCGAGGCAUCUGAUAAGUGCAGAAAAGAGAGGAGGAAGACCGUUAAUGGCGAUGAUAUAUGUUGGGCCCUGAAAACCCUAGGGUUUGAUGAUUACGCAGAGCCACUUAAAAGCUACUUGCAUAGAUAUAGAGAGCUUGAGGUAGAUCAACGAGCCAAUAAUUCUAAUCAUCAUCAUCAUCAUUAAGAAGAUAUAGAAUUAGGAGCUGGAGCUUUUCUGAUAUAUCGAUGUCCAACUCCGUAUGUAUUUCAAGAUCGAUGUUUUUAGUUUCAUAUUGUGUCUCCUUGAACUUGAAGUUACUGAAUAUCAAAGAGAAGUCCACGAGCUCGUGUUCAGUUUGAUCUGAGUUUAAUUUCUCAGAAAAUCUGCUAAAUCUUCCACUUGUGUUGAGAACUCGUCAAUUUUUUCUAUGAAUUUUUCUACCUUACAUUGCAUAUCCUACAACAUCGAUGUUUGGAGUUGGGUCUUUUAAUCUUGUACCCAUGAUAUUAGAAUCUACUUAGUUUCAUGUUUAUUAAUUAGUUAG